CAUAAAUAUUCGUGCAAAACCCAUCCGCAGUCAAUUAGAGUUUGCAAAGGUAACGAUGGACUUCGCUGCACAAGUAAGCAGAAUUGCUUUAUUCCUCUUCGCCCUUUAUUAUGGGAUUACAGACGGCAAAACUGUUGAACUUUUGGUAUCCAACCCCAUGAAAGGAUCUGAUAAAAAUUACGUUGAUUUUACUACGCUACGUUUAACAAAAGAUCGUGACACUAGACAACUCAAAGUGUCAGGAUCAUUUACAAUUGGCAAGGAUAUGACGGAGGAGGAGCUUGCCUAUACACUUUAUGUGAAAUCGCCGCGAUCUAAGCAAUUCUCGACCACCCCCAUGUAUUACAAGGCCGGACCAAUUUGUGAAUUUAUCAAAGAUGAUAAAGAAUUUUAUGCGGAUGCCGUUAAAGUUUCAAAUCUGCCAGCUCCAGGAACCUGUCCUUUCCCAAAGGGGACAUAUACCAUAAAUAACUAUCUUAUGAACGAGGACAAUAUCCCCAAUGUACCUGCAGGAGAAUAUAGGGUGACUAUCACCCUUAAGAGUCUCGGAAAAUUGAUUAGCGGUUAUGAAGCAAUUGCGAAAAUAUCUUAAUACUAAAAUUUGAUCUAACUUCUAAUUAUUAUGAAAAUGUUUUGAAUGUUAUUAACACAUUGGAUUUAUUAGAUUUAUCUGAAAUGGCACACUCUGGAAUUGGCUUUUUUCGGUCUUAUACCGAUAGAUCACCAUAGAUAAAAUAAAGCAGACAAAUUAGACCUAAA